AGCUUAAAUUUUUAUUGCACAAGAGAGAGAGAGAGAGAGAGAGAGAGAGGAGAGAGAGAGACUGGGGGGGGUUUUGUUAGAAAAAGAGAGGAAAUAUUCUCUUUAGCUUUCAAUGGUUUUUUGGUGUUUUCUCUAGAAAUCAAACACACCUUCCACCAGAUCUCUGUAACAUUAACACUCCCAACUUCAUCACUUCAUACUCCUGUUAUUACUUGUUUUCUUCUGCCCGGUCGCGGCCGCCGGUCGGAUUCAAACCAAUCUCGUCAUCAUCUUAGUAUUUAUGUUCAUUUGUGGUUCUUUCCUUCUUCUUCUUGUUUUGGCACAAUCUGAUGAGUAUAUAGGUAGCUGCUCAAAGGUUGUCUGAAUAAUACCAAAGGAUUCAUCUGUUUGUAUUUGGAGAAACUCUCUUGUUUCUUUUGUUUUCUAGCACUACUUCUACUACAUCCUUGUUUGUUUUUCUUGCACCAGUCCACCAAAGCUCUCUCAAUCUCCAAAUGAUGUCUGGUGAUGUGUUCUCUGUUCCCAGUUCCGCAGCACCCAAUGUUUUUCCGCACCAACAAUUACAACUACCAAACCCUAACCCUAAACCCAACUCCAACUCCAGCCUCCCUUCUGCGGCCAAGAAGAAAAGAAACCUUCCAGGAACACCAGAUCCAGAUGCAGAAGUCAUCGCUCUCUCACCAAAGACACUCAUGGCUACAAACAGAUUCAUCUGUGAAAUCUGCAACAAAGGUUUCCAGAGGGACCAGAAUCUGCAGCUCCACAGAAGAGGUCAUAACCUCCCAUGGAAGCUGAAGCAAAGAGCCAACAAAGAUCAAAUCAAGAAGAAGGUGUACAUAUGCCCGGAAAAGACCUGCGUCCACCACGACCCCGCCCGGGCCCUCGGAGAUCUUACGGGCAUCAAGAAGCAUUUCAGCCGGAAGCAUGGCGAGAAGAAGUGGAAAUGUGAGAAGUGUUCCAAGAAAUAUGCAGUUCAAUCUGACUGGAAAGCUCAUUCUAAGACUUGUGGGACUAGGGAGUACAAAUGUGACUGUGGUACGCUGUUUUCCAGGAAGGAUAGUUUCAUUACACACAGAGCCUUCUGUGACGCCUUAGCUGAAGAAAGUGCAAGAAUUACAACUGUUGGGGCUAACACUAGCUUGAACUUCAGAAAUGAUCUCAGUCAUCACGGGAAUCUGAUGAACCCUCAGCCUAAUUUGCAGCAUGGGUCCACGUUUUCCAACAUUCCUCAUAUCGGUGCCGCUUUCCGGCCUGAGUUUGGGGGGUUGUCCGCCGGAAAUUCACUCCUCGGCGGAGACCCUCAUCAGCAGAAGCCAAGAUUGUCACUUUGGUUGGAUCAUCAAGCAAAUUCUCAGCUUAAUCCUAAUCUUGAUCAUCACAAUUCUAAUCUUUUCAUGGCUUCAAGUUCAAGCACUGGCUUGCCUGAUAUGAUUCAAAUGGCGUCGAGUAAUCUUUUUGGCUCAACUUCAUCAAUGGGAAACUAUGCAAAUCUCUCUUUAUCUCCAUUGCCACCACAAGGGCUGAAGGAGGAGCCUGUUACCAACAAAGCAAACACAAAUCCAAUGGCUGAUUCUCUAUCUUCCCUUUACAACUCCGACAGUCAAAACGUCCAUCACUCAUCAUCAAAAUCUUCCCCAUCAUCGGCGCCAAUGUCUGCAACUGCACUUCUACAAAAAGCAGCUCAAAUGGGCUCAACCAAAAGCCACCCGAAUUUCUUCGGCAACACUCUCGGCGUCAUGAUGAGUUCCUCGUCUCCUUCUUCUUCCUCCACAAACACUCUAUCUUUCGCUCAAAACAGAAGCGAGCUCCACCAAGUAUUCGGCAAACAACAGCCGGAGAAUCACGCCCCCAAACCCGCCGACGGUAUGAUGAAUUUCAGCUCCGAAACAAGCAAUACCAUCAGUAAUCUUGAUCACCACCAUCACUCUAUGAUUCAGUCAACCGGUGCACAAAUUAGUCAAUCGGCUAACUCCCAGCUGAACUUGCAUUCUGGAUUAAUGCAUGGGGUGGAGCAUAGCUUGACGCGGGAUUUUCUCGGCAUGGGCGGAGACGGCGGUGCCGGUGGGCCGUUCUUGCCGCAAGAACUAGCGAAAUUUGCUUCCAUGAGUUCAGCCAUGGGGCUGAGCCACUUCACUAGCAACCACUAGCUAUUAGCAUGUGUUUUUUUCGAUUUCACUUCUUUUGUACCAUAUAAUAAUUGUCUGGGAGGCCUAGCACAAAACCUUAUCUUGAACAGGGCCAGCUCAUAUACAUUCCUCCUUCGUUUUCCACAUAAAA